UCAAGGACUGAGAAAAAAAUGUGUGUGGUUUCUCAUGGAUGACUGUACUGCUACUGUUUUCUUCCCAGGAAAUGACCUUGGCUCUAAAAAGAACACUCCACUCUUCAUGAUAAAAUGGCAGCAGUGAAGACCCCCAGCAGAGAACUGAAGAAAGCCCAGGAACCAUUUAAUAAUGUAUCGCCCCUCCUUUUGAAGAGCCUAGUGGAGGAGCCCAAGAAAAGAAGGGAAGUGCCCAAUCACCUCCUAGAAUCAAAGGUUUAUGCAAAACUUCUGAAUAAUAAGGUUGUACAAGCAAAGCCUGGCAUACUGCACUUUGGAGGCUAUCACGUAGGAAAACAACACCAGCAGAUUCUGCACCUGGUCAAUGUCUCCGAUGAGGACAUACAUGUUCAUAUUUUACCCCCGCAAACCAAAUACUUUCAGAUCAAGUAUGUGAAAAAGGAGCAUCGCCUUGUCCCUGGCUUGUCCCUCACAGUCACCGUCACGUUUUCUCCAGAUGAGUGGCGAUACUAUUACGAUUGCAUCCGUGUUCACUGUAAGGGUGAUGACACAUUGCUGAUCCCCAUCCAUGCCUAUCCUGUCAUGAACACACUGGACUUUCCCUCAUUUAUAAAUCUAUCCAAUGUCCUACUUGGUGAGAGCAAAAAAUACGUUAUUCCUUUGCAGUGCAGCUGCCCUGUAGAUUUCGAGUUCCAUAUUGCUCUGAUCCAGCCUCACCAAGCCUUUACCAUCAAGCCACUAUCAGGGAUAAUCCCAGCUAACGGGAAGAUGAACGUGACUGUCAAGUUCACGCCCUGUCAGUACGGGACGGCCCAAGUAAGAAUGCAGCUGUGGAUUUCCCAGUUCAACUCUCAGCCCUACGAGUGCGUCUUCACCGGCACGUGCUGCCCCAACAUGGCGUUAAGAUUAGAAGAAUUUGAAAGAUUAAAUAUUCUUUCUAAGAAAGUAGACAUUCCUGCAGAAAAGUCAAUGACACAGAUAAAUUUUCACCGACUGCCAGCAAAGUUAAAACCUCCAAAGAUUAAGGAAAUUGAAUAUCAGAACUUGAGAUUUCCAGUAAAUUUAUCAAAUCCAUUUGCUGUGGCAACUGUUUUAAACCAAGAACCAGGAAAAUUGAAGAUUAAAGAAUUAAGAGAAGUUUUGGACCAAGGCAAUGAGGUUUCAAAAACAAGGCAGAUGAAGGAAGCACUGUUUGAACAGAAAGUCAGACAGGACACUGUGGAAGAGAUUGAAAAUCACCUGAAAUGGCGGGUGCACCUUGGUAAAGAUCAUAUGUCUUUUAAAUUUAUAAAAGAUCUUGCCGAUGAGCAGCAAAGAAUAAACGACAAAUACAAGCUAGAUAGAGGAGACCCUGUCUUGGAUGAGGAAUUUCAGCGGCUGAAGACAGAAGUUAACGACAAACGGGUUGUUCACAAUCUAGAAGAGAAAAUCAGGGAAUUUCAUCCUAAUUUUGACCCACUUACGAAUAACACUUGGGUCAGCAGGUUCAGGACGCAAAGACGGAUUCAACAAGCAGCCCGCAAGAUCAUGGUUCAUCGGCGAUUACUUAAAAUGCUGGACGCUAUUCGUUCCAUGGACAAAGAGGUCAUAUUGAAAAGGCUCCAGCUUGAAAGACAAUCGAUAAUACAAGACAAGAAUCCCUCCAAAUACCUUCUGCUGCGGACCAGUCAAGAUGAUUAUUCUGGCCGGUUCUCUGUGUCACCCAAGCAAGUGCUGCCCUUCGCCUUCCCAUCCCACAGUCCUCCCCAGGGCUCCGAUGAGUUGGCUCCUGAUGGCCUUGGACCCGUCCCAAUUAAAUCUUCAGACGUUCACAUCAAGCACAGCCACUCCUUCUUCAAUCUGCAGGUUCCUCAAAAGUACAAACUUAAGGGGUAUCAGCCAUUCUCUGUCCAGAGGUCUUCAACAACUUAUAGACCCCAGAAACUUGCUCGAGCCCUGAAACAAGGAGCUGAGGAUGAAGCCACCACCGUGAUAACCCUACCAAAGCAGGACGACACCCCUCAGUUCCCGGGCAAGACCUCAAUCUUGAACAUGAAACCACCUGAGGCCUUAGCCGUGUCUCCAGACUAUGACCCACUGUAUAUCUUUAAUCCCAACCCAGGAUUAUUUGCUGUGAUGCCCUCUCUGACCUACGCAGAAACCGUGAUAGACUACCAUCUGUGCUCUCACCCCAAGUACAAGUUCACCAAGGAGUCCCACGUCGGGUCCAGCAUCCCUCUCACCCAAAAGCAGUUUCUCCAUCACACGGACAUUAUACCCGGAAUAAUGCACUGGAAGAGGUUCCAGCCCCUGGCUCUCUCAUCUCUGCCCGAGACCUCCAGGACAGAGACAACACAGAGCUGUGACUCCCUCAACUCAGUUAUGCUUCCUAUAGAUGUCCCUGCUGUUCUGAAAGCCUUACCAGAAGAAGACAGAUUGGAAACAGUCGAACGUGAGCUCUAUGAACAAAAUACAGAAGUUAUGCUGACCCCAGAAAUGAUCGAAGUGGAAUUCCCUAUGUUGGACCACAAGGACACCAAAAAGGAGAAAGAGGUGAAAGACCAGGCACAACCAAUGGAGAAGGCCGGAGAAAAGGUGCUGGAGGAAAUGAAGAAUCUGCGGGCCAAGGCUCUCAACCCAUACCUGAUUCUAGAAUAA